UGCAAUGCCCUGCAAGAACAACGGAACAUGCGUGGAUGGCACAGACUAUUACGAGUGCUAUUGUCUUCAGGGCUUCAAUGGAGCAAAUUGUGAAAUCGAAGUGGCAGAACUUGCUAAUCCAGGAUAUUCCAAUGUCCUCUCCAUGGAACUUCAACUUAUGUGGGACUUCCCAGUUCAAGGCAAUGACGAUGACAUCAACUGCACAGCCAAAUACAGGAUUCAAGGCACCAAUAAGACAGAAGACAAAAAUGUGGGAAGUACAUCACCGGGUAUCGUGACGGUCUUGGAGCCCUACACCAUCUACGAGUUUCAGCUGAUCUGUGUGAAUCUUGCUGGAAGCAGCGAGCCUCUCGACUUUCCACCCCAACGAACCCUAGCUGGAAAGCCGUCUCAGCCUCAGAAUGUGCGUAUUAGUAGUAUACAAGCAAGAGAGGUAUUUGUAGAAUGGGACGAGCCAGCGGAUAAAAAUGGACCUAUCGAUGGAUACAGUCUCAUAGCUAGACGUCGAGAUCUCAAUAAUGUAGCUUUCUCUGGUCUUGGAAGCGGAACCAGCGGUAUUUUUAUACAGCUUACACCAAAUACAGUCUACACAGUCAGUGUAAAAGUAUUCAAUCGCAACGCACCGGAAGGGAACCAGUUUAGUGAAGAAUCACCCCACUCGGACCCUUUUACAACCUUACAAGCUGAAAGCAGUGGCACGCCUGUGACUUUGACGAUCGUUUCUGUAACCGUGAUUCUUGUCCUCAUCUGUGUCAUCAUGAUGUUCAUUUGUAUUCGUAAACGCAAAAGAUCUCAACAGCAAGGGAACAGGAGUUCUCCCAUCGCUUCGGCAAGCUUCACCACGACUCCCCGUAUGUGCACACACUUGUUACCCGCAAAUUCACCAACAAGCUCAGGAAAACAACAAGUAGACGAUGUAUAUCAUGAAUAUGAAAGGGUGUGCGUUUGCGGGCAGGACUCGUCGAAAUCGAGCACCCGUGCAAACCAAGGAACGAGUCAGGGAAUCUCCUUGACCAAGACGAAGUCGACGUCGGAAAACGACCAGUCGCAUGAUUAUGAGAAUCCGUCCUUCGACGAUAAGGAAUAUACUAACCUUGGUUUCUCUCAAGUCAAGAAGGGCGGUGAUCCAACGAAGCCGACGUCCUCCGGUAAGGAAUAUACUGAUCUUGAUUUCUCUAAGAUCGAGUAG